UUGAUUACAGGACCCAGAAACUGCCACAAAUUGAACUUCCUAUCAUUUCCACCACGGCACCCAUCGUUAACAAAGCGUCAUCACUAGUCCAAAUCACCGUUACAGCACUCAACUAUCACCAGUCAUCUAUUCUGCACCUAGAUUUAUCAUAUCCGGGCAUUUUCAAAUGGACAAUAAUGAAGAUGCGGUCCCGGGCGAAUCCUGCGACAGCAAUCUAUUCGACGUAAACGAGUCGCUCUUUGACGACACAACUGAAGUUCAGAUUGCGAGGGCUUGGGCUUCCUCUGAAGCUGACCAGAUCGCUCAAGACAUACAAGCCAAAAUGGAACGAGAUAAUCGAGACGAGGCAAUUGCUAGGGCUUAUCAAGAGGCUGCCGAUGCUGAAGCAGCCCGGGAAUUAGAGGCGCAGGAGUGGAGUGAAUUCGAGCGAAUUGCGAGAGAGGGCGAGCGGGUGCAAACAAAACGACAAGAUCGAAGGGAGCUAGGUAGGCAAUGGCGAGAACAAUGGCGUAAAGAGGAAGAGGAGCGGCACAAGCGGCGCAAUCCGGCAGCCCAAAUGUAUUCAGAGAGGCAUCGGGAAAUGGAGGAAGACGCGACCGUGCGAGCUAAUAUUGACGCUCCUCAGCGUACCCGAAGUCGUACACGCAUGGACUUGACAGAAGAAGAUGACGACUACGACGACGGUAAUCAAUGGAUCAUCGAACGGCAUCAACGGCAUCGACGACGUCGGUCCGUUUUCGACACUGAAGAGUACCAACCCUUCGAACAAGGCUACGAUGGCGUCGAUCCCCUUUCUCGUCGUAUUGACCAAGCACGCCUUUCGGCAUGGAACGUCACACGCAGAUCAGCAAUGGCGACGGCUGCCAUAAAUCCUAAUCCCGACCGGUUGAGUCUGACUCCAACUGGAACACGGCCUGGCCUUCGGGUCCUAUCGCCGUCGCCACCGCUACUAACCCAUUGGCGUAGUCUGAGAAGAGAAGGGCGUGCGAACCGUUCAUUAGACCGGAUUGAAAGCGACUACAUCCUCUCUAAUACAUAUAUCGAGGACGUCAACGACAUGCUGGACGGUAUGUUCGGCCUGCAGCAAGACCAAGCCGCAGCAGUUAUAGAAUCCUUCACCAGGGAUCCCAGCAACACGAUUCCAGGUCGCGAGGUAGAAUUUGUAGAAUCCGAAUUCAGGUCUUGGACAAUCAGAGUGUUGAAUUCGAAUCUCCAGCAGCGAUUACCGUAUUCUGACUAUGGGCAAGACAGAGCAGCGUACAACAAUCUGCCCGAUGACUGCCUGACUAAUGGCUGCUACGCACGCUGUCCGGCCCCUAGGUCUAAAGAGGAUGAACGGAAAAGCCUGAAGAUAGGUAGAAUGAUCCAGCGGAGAGAGAUGUCUCGUAGAGGGUCAGGCUCAAGCGCUAAGGUGGCUACUGGCGUUCUUCCGAAAUCGAGCCCACCACAGCCACAGAAACUUACGCUGAAACUCAGACUCCUCAAUGAGCAACAGAAAUCUGACGUAGUGUCACCGCCUCCAGUCGAUCAUUCCAAGGAUAUCCCUUCUAAUGCACAGGCCCAGCAUGCUAUGAAGCAGCUAGAAAAAUUAUACGCGGCUCAACGUCAAGUAACCAGGAAGAAAUACCAAGUACUUGAGGAUCUGAUACAAGAUGAUAUUGAAGCCAUGCGUAAUGUCAGGACACGCCACAGACGUGAUCAACUUGAACGCCAAUCCUGGAAUCAGCAAACUCAACUUUACCAGAAUAAGAGGCAAUGGGUAGUGAGGUCUGGAGCUACCAAGAACACACGUCCUGGCUAUUACAAGUUUGCAGACAUUGUCAAGCCGACCCGGGGUUACUACAGCAGGAAAGUACCAUCCUCACGCCAUCGAGGCAUGAUUGAACAAUCCAACGAGCACCGGUCAUCUAGUCCCAACACUCGCCAACACAAGGAGAACGAACUGACAUGUUCAAAUAAUCCCAAUCCUACCGUGACGCGAACAAAAUCAAAGCGUCCGCAACAAUCGGCUGUUCACAAGAGAGUUGAAGCUUGGAUGAUCGACCCCGACGCGUACUAGGAAGCUGCGAAGAGAAAUAGUCCAGGAUCCAAGACAGGCAACUCCCCACCCCACAGAUUGAGUCCAGAGAUCCGCAAGGCGAAGGACCCGCUAGAAACGAGGCGUCGGCAAUUCCUGCAGCUAGCUGAUCUACAACGGGACAUGAAAACACGUCGACGAAAAUCGUUCGAUAGCGUAGCUAGCGACGUACGAGAUGUAGACAAGAUUAGUUUCCCACCGCGGGAAUUGCUGGAGGCUAGCCAGACCAACACGAUCGCUGGGUCUUCCACCUCACCACCAAGGGGCUCACCACCGUCGUCGGCGGAGGAGUGCAGCGAUUCACCUCAAUCCAAAAGAUCCCGCUCCACGCCUCAACCUCGACCGAAGAAGCGAAC